CAAGCUUUCACUCUUUUCUCCCGUCACUCUCCUCCUCUUCACUACCAGAACACUGAGCAUGAAACUUUCGUGUCAUCUUCUCCCACUUUUUUAACCCAACGUAACUCCGUGAUAAAUAAAUCUACCAGCUCAGGCCACAGGAGCUUAGGAGAAAGAGAUCCAUUCUUUCAUUCGUUCGUCCGAAACAGAGGGCAUGGCGGGUGGUGGAUUUGGAGACUCGGGGGAGAAUCUCAAGAGGGCUCAUCUCUAUGAGUACAGAAUCACUGGUUAUUUCAUCUUCACCUGUGUCAUUGGUGCUCUUGGCGGUUCCCUUUUCGGCUACGAUCUCGGCGUAUCCGGGGGAGUGACUUCCAUGGACGAUUUCUUGAAGGAGUUCUUCCCCGACGUGUACACAAGGAAACAGGCACAUCUCCACGAGACCGAUUACUGCAAGUAUGACAACCAGCUCCUCACCCUCUUCACUUCCUCCCUCUACUUCUCCGCUCUCCUCUCCACAUUCGCCGCCUCCCACGUCACCAGAACACGCGGCCGCAAGGCCAGCAUCGUCGUCGGCUCCAUCAGCUUCUUCCUCGGAGCCAUCCUCAACGCCGGUGCCGUCAAUAUAGUCAUGCUCAUCUUCGGCCGAAUCCUGCUCGGUUUCGGCAUCGGAUUCGGCAACCAAGCAGUUCCACUUUACUUAUCAGAAAUGGCGCCGGCCAAGGUCCGAGGAGCAGCCAACCAGCUCUUCCAGCUCACAACCUGUUUGGGAAUCCUCGUCGCCAACCUCAUCAACUACGGCACCGAGAGGCUCCAUCCAUGGGGGUGGCGCCUCUCGCUCGGCCUCGCCACCGUCCCGGCGGUCCUUAUGUUCAUCGGCGGGAUCAUCCUCCCGGAGACCCCCAACAGCCUCGUGGAACAGGGCAGAUACGAAGAAGGAAGAAAGGUGCUCGAAAAGGUCAGAGGCACGACGAACGUCGGUGCCGAAUUCGACGAUCUCAGAGAAGCCAGCGAAGCCGCCAGGGCGGUCACCCAUCCGUUUCGAAACUUGAUGAUGAGGAAGAAUCGCCCCCAAUUGGUCAUCGGAGCUAUUGGAAUCCCGGCGUUUCAGCAGCUCACGGGUAUGAACUCCAUCCUGUUCUACGCUCCGGUCAUGUUUCAGAGCCUAGGGUUUGGCUCUGCCGCGGCUCUGUACUCCUCUGUUAUCACCAGCGUGGCGCUCUGCCUCGGCGCUCUCAUAUCGAUGGGUCUCGUGGAUAAGUUCGGAAGGAGAGCUUUCUUCCUCGAGGCUGGCGCCGAAAUGAUUUGCUACAUGAUAAUAGUGGCGGCAACGCUGGCGGCAAAAUUCGGGCAGGGAGCGAUGCUGCCAAAGGGGCUGGGGAUAUUUCUGGUGAUAGUGAUCUGCUUGUUCGUGCUCGCCUACGGGAGGUCGUGGGGACCGCUCGGGUGGCUGGUGCCGAGCGAGAUCUUCCCAUUGGAGACGAGAUCAGCGGGACAGAGCAUGGUGGUGUGCGUGAACAUGGUGUUCACAGCUCUAAUAGCGCAGUGCUUCCUGGUGUCGUUGUGCCAUCUCCAGUACGGGAUCUUCUUGCUGUUUGGUGGGUUGGUGGUGAUCAUGAGCGCUUUCGUCUACUUCUUGUUGCCGGAGACGAAGCAGGUUCCGAUCGAGGAGGUUUACCUCCUGUGGGAGAAUCACUGGUUCUGGAAGAAGAUUGUCGCCGGUGAAGGAACAGAGAGAGAUGGGAAAUCGGCGGUGUAAGACUGUAAGUGUUUAGAAGAAGAAAAGGGAGAAAACAAAAUAGGAUUAGAUUAAUGAAGUAAAUUGGUUAGUAAUUAAGGUGUUAACCUCUGUUAUGCAUUUGAUUUCCUGUUCUAAGUUGUAUUAGAAUAAUGAAAAUUUUACCUGUUUUGAUUGAUUAGUGGGUUUAAUACAAAAAGGUUGC